CGCUCUCUCGCUCUCCUCUCCCCGCACCAAGAGCAGCAAGAGGCAAGCGCACCCCAAAGCUAAGCUCUGCUCAGCAAUUUUCUCCAAAGUCACCUACACACAAAUACCAAUAUACCAUGGCGCCAUCAGUGGCCUGCUCCUUCUUCUUCGACGCCGAGCUGCACGGUGAGCCCGACAUGCCGUCGAUGGACGCGUGCGCGCUCUGUGCCAAGCCGCUGGCGCGCGACAGCGACGUCUUCAUGUACAAAGGGGACACGGCCUACUGCAGCGAGGAGUGCCGCCACGAGCAGAUGCACCUCGACACCGUCUGUGCCAAGCAGGCCGCGCGGAGGCAGCAGCGGUUCUCGGCGGGGACAGAAUCCCACCGUGGGCAGCGGCAGUCCAGCAAGGUGUCCGUCGCGAGCUAAGCGGCCGGCCUGGCCGAGGAAAGUUUUGUUCGAAUAGACAAGAUCGGAAUUCUGAAGAAAACAACAUCCGUGGGCAUCUGAUGUCUCCGUCUCUCCGGCCGGUGCUCUUGCCUGAACCGGAGGAAGCAUCAGGUGGCACGAAGCAUAGGUUGUUAGAAGGGAGAGAGAGGGAUUGUUGCGGAAUAGUUGGAUGUAUUAUUGAGCCUCGAGGGCGAGUAUAUAUUGAGUACAGGAUUUGGAG